GUUGAGAGAAAACGACCAAGAGAACCUAGCACAGAAAGACCUUCUCAAAACCCUUAUUCUCCCGGUUCAUUAUUGAAUUUAACAAGUCCACCACCUCCAUCAGAUACCGAUGGCGACGUAGAAGUGGAAGGAAAUCUUAUUGAAGAUGAUAUAUCAGAUGUAUCAGAGGAAGAUGGAGAGAAUUUGUAUCCCUCUGACUUUGAAAGGGAUUAUGAAGAACGUCCUGAGUUAGACCGUUAUGAUUCAGAUAAUAUUGAUGAUGAAGCUCAUGAAGAUUUAGAUAUUACUUCCCGGCGAAAUUUAGAAAUGAUGAUGGAUGAUCGCGACGCGCGUGAAGGACGCACAGCAGCCGAUUAUCUUUUAGAUACAAAUAACUAUUUACAAGAGAAAAUCAAGCGUCGGCGUCGGAAAGGUAUGAAUAAUGAAGAAUUAGCAGAUGUAAAGGCUUCUUCUAUAGGUGAAUGGAUUAAAAAUCCUGCUGUACAAAAAGGAAUCGUGCGUCAGUUCAGUAAUUUCUUACGCAAGUAUACAAAAGAUGGAAAAUCUGUAUAUUGGCCUUUAAUUGAAGAACUUACAAAAGAUCAAUUGCAGAGCUUGGAAGUCAGUUACAAGCAUUUAGAAUCCGAUAAACCAAUUUUAGCGAGAUUUCUUAAGAGAUCACCUGUGGAAAUGCUACAAAUUUUUGAUGAAGUGGCAACUGAUGUUAUAUUUAAAAAACAUCCGCAUUAUGAGGAAUUAAAUAAAGAGAUGCAUGUUCGGAUAACUGAGUAUCCUAUAUUAAACACGCUUAGAGACCUCAGGCAUACUCACCUCAAUACUUUCGUACGAGUUUCGGGUGUUGUAACAAGGCGAACCGGCGUAUUUCCUCAAUUGAAAUUUGUGAAAUAUAAUUGUUUAAAGUGCGGUGGAGUUCUUGGACCUUACACUCAAGAUCUUCAGUCCGAGAUAAAAUUAAAUCACUGCAGUUAUUGUCAGUCAAAAGGACCUUUCAGUUUGAAUACAGAACAGACAAUGUAUAGCGAUUAUCAAAAAGUCACUAUGCAAGAAACCCCUGGUACAAUCCCCGCUGGAAGGUUGCCUCGACAUCGGGAGGUUAUUUUGCUUUGUGAUCUUAUAGAUUCCGUGAAGCCUGGUGACGAAAUUGAAGUCACCGGUGUAUAUCGUAAUAAUUUUGAUUUUUCUUUAAAUAUAAAAAAUGGAUUUCCGGUAUUUGCUACUAUCAUUGAGGCAAACUAUAUUGUUAAAAGGGAGGACCUAUUCUCAACUUAUAGGCUGACGGAUGAAGAUAGGGAACAAUUGAAAAACCUAUCAAAAGAUCCGAAAAUUGCCAAUAAGAUAUAUCAAAGUAUUGCUCCCUCUAUCUAUGGUCAUGAAGAUAUUAAAAGGGCCUUAGCUUUAUCAUUAUUCGGUGGAGUAGCUAAAAAUAUUCAAGAUAAACAUCGAUUGCGAGGGGAUAUUAAUAUACUAAUGCUUGGAGAUCCUGGCACAGCAAAAUCUCAAUUCUUGAAGUAUGUCGAAAAAACUGCACAUCGUGCUGUUUAUACGUCUGGUCGUGGUUCUUCAUCUGUUGGUCUCACUGCAUCAGUGAAAAAAGAUACCAUAACGAGAGAAUGGACUUUAGAAGGUGGCGCAUUCGUGCUUGCUGAUAAUGGUAUAUGUUUAAUCGACGAAUUUGAUAAGAUGGAAGAUAAGGACCGAGUAAGUAUUCAUGAGGCUAUGGAACAACAAACUAUAUCAAUUUCAAAAGCAGGAAUCAAUUCUACGCUCAACGCUCGAUGUGCUGUAAUCGCUGCUGCAAAUCCUAUCGGAGGUCGAUAUAAUACAUCCAAACCGUUUUCAGAUAAUGUCGAAUUAACAGAACCUAUCCUUUCGCGUUUUGAUGUCCUUUGCGUUGUCAAAGAUACAGUUGAUCCAACAAUAGAUGAAUUCCUUGCAGAAUUUGUGGUAGGGAGUCAUGUCAGAAGUCAUCCAGAUCACACAAUUGUUCCAUCCGCUCAACAAGAUAAAUCAACAAUUCCACAAGACCUUUUGAGAAAGUAUAUUAUUUAUGCGAAGCAGAUAAAACCCCAAUUGAGUAAUCUUAAUGAAAACUUGAUUUCGGACCUUUAUUCAAAAUUGAGACGAGAGGCGCAGAAUGGCGGUAUCCCAAUAACGGUUCGUUAUUUAGAGUCUAUGUUGCGAUUGGCUGAAGCUCACGCCAGAAUACAUCUUCGUUCUCAUACAUCAAAAAUUGAUAUUGAAGUUGCUAUUGAUGUGGUUUUACAAAGCUUUUUUGAUUCACAGAAAUUCGCAAUUUCAAAUAGACUUAGAAGGCAAUUCGCGCAAUAUAUCAACAAAUCCAAGGAACAAUCCGAAUUACUUACAGAUAUACUCAAUGACAUGGUUAAAGAAAAAGCAAGACUCAAAACAGCUUCAAGUGGUCAAUCUUGGAUUGGCAGUGUAAUAAUAAACGUAUCUGAAUUCAUGGAACAGGCAAGGAAAUUCAAUAUUCAUCACGAAGUUGACAAUUUCUUGAGAUCUGAUGAAUUUUCAGUUCUAUAUGAUUGGGAUCAAAGUAAAGAUUUAAUCAUCAAAUCAUUCACUUAA